CCCGGGACUACAUCUGACGGUGCGCUCCCCGUGUUUACUUCUGCCAGGCCGCCGCUCGCACGGGCCGCCAAGCCCACACCCACGUACUGGAGCUGCCGGGAUGUCGGAGAAGCUACAGAACAAUCCCUUUGCAGCGCUCUUCUCCUCGGUGAAGGAUGCCGAGCAGUUCAGUCAGCAGCACCUGGCGGCCGAGAGUGAGCCUCCCGCCGCCCCAGACCAAGUCAUCAGGGCCGAGGAUGACGACAGCAGCAGCACCAUCACCUUCCUGGAGCAGCUACUGAUGAUCACUACCAGGGAGGAGUGGCCACAUGCCGCUCCCCGCGUCCUCCUCCCCUCCAGCGACCCCCUCACCCUCGACAGCUUCCCUCAGCUGCUGUUCACCCGCCUGCUGCUUGACCCGGCUGACGUGCAGUGUGUGGGGCCGCAGGGGGAGGGGGCGCAAGAGGCCGCCCAGCCUGAGGUCAUCGUGUACCUGAGUGAGGUGUACGGCAGGUGCUGCGCCGUGAGAGACAGGCCGCAGGGGGGUGUUGCCAGGAAGGUGAUGGAAGCCGUGGUGACCAACCUCGCCACGGCCUUGGAGCAACCCGAGCUGUACACGAGCCAGGCGGUGGAGCAGCAGGUGUUCCGUGUGCUUCGCCAAGGCCUAGGCCGAGACAACGCAGUGGAUGAGCUGACCCGCAGCCUUGUCGAUCACCUAGCCAGCGAGGGAGCGUCUGUCCCGCCCACUGUGUUUGUGCAGCUGCUGGCUGAGGUCACCAGCAAGCUGAGGUCGUGCUCCCUCAUGGCGGUGGACUUCCAUCUGUUGGAGGUGAUGGAGUUCUACGCCUCGCUGCCACUCCUCGCCGUGCUGCUCACCAAGCUUCCCGAGGGCCCUCAGGAGACAAGGGUGGGCCACAGCUUCCACCGCACACCCCUCGGCAGCCUCCUCUCCAUCUCCAGCCUGCCGCACCUCCCCGGCAUGCCCUCGCCCUUCUUCGACAAGCCGUCCUCCAAGCCUGGCCACAUCCACAAGGACACGGAGAAGAGCAUAUGGCUGGCGCAGAAGCACAUGAAUAUCCGCAUCCACAAAGUCUUCUACAAGCUCCUCAAGGUGUCACCCGAGGCCAGGGACGGACUUCUGUCAUGGGUGGAGGCGUGUCUACAGGCUAACCGGGGCCGAGCAGGACUGUGGCAUCUGCAGGGGGCUGAAGGGGGGAUACAGUCCAUCUACGCCUCGGAUGGGUUCAUGAUCAAUCUCGGGGCGGUGAUGCUGCAGCUGGCCCAACCCUUCACCCAGGACGUCAAGACAGCCAAGAUACUCAAGGUGGACCCCACGUACUGCGUCGCCCCCCCGGUGGGUGAGGGAGGCGUGGCAGGGGCGUACACAAAGGGCCUGGGGAGCCUCACCACGCUGGUCCCUCACCCUGAGGACGCCACGUUGCCCCACUCCCAGCAGUACUCCUUCAUCAGCUCCUGCUUCUUCCUGACACACCGCGCACUGCACCUCGGCAUGCAGGUGGCACAGCAGAAACUGUCCAAGCUGUCACAGGAGCUGGGGCGGAUACACCAAAAUGAGUCUGUUGCGGAGGUGAUGCAGCCGUACGUGGAGGCCCGCACGGCAGACCUCCUCUCCCUCAAGGCUGCUCUCUUUGAGCCCGACAUGACGGAGCAGUUACUGCAGUUCCUGGGAGCCACAAUAGAGUGGUUGGUGCAGAUCUCCCUCAUCCCCACAAACCAGCGCACGCCUCCCACCACACUGCGGGAGGUGAAACUGCCACUUCCUAACGAGGAGGAGGAGGAGCCCCACCCUCUGCUGCAGUGCGUACCUGAACUGCUGGUGGAGAACCUCACGGAGGCCAUCAGUUCAGUGAAGCACUACACGACGGGCCUUCUGGACGCUGCCCGGGACAGUGCCAUCCUGUCGCAGCUCAUGUCCUUCAUCGUGGUGUUCAUGGGCUCCCAGAAGCGCAUGAGCAACCCACACCUGCGCGCACAGCUGGCCAGCUGCCUGGAGAUCCUUCUGCCGGAGACCGGAAACUCCUCCAGCGGGCUGCUGAAGGGCCUGCAGGAACAGCUGUUUCAGAGGCACCCCCUCGCCAGCCAGCUGGUGCCCACGCUGCUCAACGUGUUCGUCAGCAUAGAGAUGACCGGCCAGAACGUGGCCUUUGAGGAGAAGUUUGGCUACCGGCGCCCCAUGUACGAGGUCAUGAAGUACUUGUGGGAGCUGCCGAGUCACCGGAAGAGGUUCACCGAGCUGGCCUCCGAGGCGCUGGCCAACAUGGAGUCUGCCCGGCCACCGCUCUUCCUGCGCUUCGUCAACCUCCUCAUCAACGACGCCAUCUACCUGCUGGACGAGGGCCUCUCCUACAUGUCGCAGCUGAGGGAGUCCCAGAAAGAAAGGGACGAGGGGGAGUGGGACAGCCUCCCGGCAUCCCAGCGCGAGGCGAGGGAACGCAGCUUCCAGAACAUGAUGCUGCUGGCUCGUUUCCACAAUAACCUUGGCUCCCACACCAUCCAGAUCCUUAUUCGCCUCACCAAAGAGAUCCCGCAGAUGUUCACCCACAGCACACUGGUGGACAGGAUGGCUGCCAUGCUCAACUACUUCCUCUCCACCUUGGUUGGACCCAAGCAGCGCAACCUGAAGGUUCGCUACAUGGAGAAGUAUGAGUUCCGGCCGGCCGAGAUAGUGACGGACAUCUGCACCAUCUACACACACCUUCAUGCCAACCCGUCCUUCUGCUUCGCCGUCUCCUCCGAUGGCCGCUCCUACACGCCGCAGCUGUUCUCUCAGGCCUUUGAUGUCUUGUGCCGUGUUGGGCGAGGGCUGCUGGCCGAGGAGAUGCAGGUGGUGGGCCAGGCUGUGGAGGAGGCCACCAAGGCGCACGCCGAGGACGAAGACAUUGCAGCCGAGGCGCCGGACGAGUUCCUGGACCCCAUCAUGUCCCACCUCAUGACGGACCCGGUCAUCCUACCGUCCUCCAAGCUGACCGUUGACCGCCAGACCAUCGCGCGUCACCUGCUGUCCGACCAGAUUGACCCCUUCAACCGGCAGCCGCUGACCAUGGAGGAGGUGGUGCCCAACACGGAGCUGAAGGCCAGGAUCACCCGCUGGCUGGAGGAGAAGCGCACCCAGAGAGCCGUGCAGUCGCAGGACAAAGAAAUGAUGACACAAAACACAGCCGUUCAACCUGAGGCAGAUAACGACGCCAAGGAAAAGUGACGACAUGAAGUUUAGUUAUUCUGAUACAAGACGAAGAUGAAGCAACAAGACAACUUAAAUUUAGCAGGAAGACAAUGACGAAGGUGACAAAACUUUAGUCAUUCAGCCUGUGCCGCAAGACCAGGGGUGUGGAGUCGGGCAUGAAACAUUUCUACUCCGACUCCAGGAAAAUUUAAGGUUCCGAUUCAGACUGACUCAUCCCCGGUUUCCCUUCCCCUCUUCUGCAGUACAGUGGUAGGCAAGUCAAACCCCAGUCACACCACCACACUACCCCACACCCAGCCACAUCACACCACCCACCACACAUAUUGUAAAGGAGUCAGAGUUGGAGAUACAUGUACCCACUCCAGCAACUCCACGCCCCUGCACAAGACGAACCUUAAGGAGUGACGAGACAAAGCUGGACUUCUGGUUUAAAGUUUAUUUUUUCAGAGGGAGUUUUUGUACUUGAAAUUUGUCUAUAAAGUAAAGUAUGCCACGUUGAGCAAAGGUCCGGUAUAACUACAACUCUUUUGGGGGAAUCAAAUUAUAUUCUUGUGGUGUGUUUUUGUGCUUAUAUCAGAAUUAUAUGGUUAGGAGGGGAAGGGGAGGGAAGGAGUAAAAAUAUGCUGAUCUCAACCAAUAGCACACACCUCAGAUUACUCAAAGGAACAUCAAAACAUCAGAAGAAGAUAAUUGUUCCACCCACCAAAGCUAGAUGUACAUACCUGGACCUCUGUUGUGCUGGUCUUGAUCAGUACAGUCUGGCCCACAAGACGAACCUGGAGAGGAGUGGAUAGACAAAACCUUAGUGACUCUUAGAGAAUUUAUAGUUUAUUUUUAGCAGCAAGUCUUGUGAGGGAUGAGGAAGGUUAACGGACACCCCAGAAGGCAGUUUAGUCAUUCUCUCUGAGCCACGCAACAGACCUCAGGAGAGAAAACGCGACUUGUAUUAAUGUUUAGCAGCGAAAUUUUGAGUGGUGAAUGUUUGAUAAGAGAAACAGGAAUAAAUGAGGAAGGUUAACAGUCACCCCAGAAAGCAGUUCAAUCAUCCUAUCUGAGCCACGUGACAGACCUCAGGAGAGAAAACACGACUCGUAUUAAUGUUUAGCAGCGACAUCUUGAGUUUGGUGAAUGUUUGUUAAGAGAAACAGGAAAAGAUGAGGAACAUUAACAGUCACCCCAGAAGCAAUUUAGUCAUUCUCUCUGAGCCACGCGACAGACCUCAGGAGAGAAAACGCGACUCUUAUUAAUGUUCAGCAGCGACUUUUUGAGUUUGGUGAAUGUUCAGUGGGUAGGAGAGGCAGGAAGGGAUGAAGAAGGUCAAUGGUCACCCAGGAAAGCACUUUAGUUUCUAUGAAUGACCUGAAGAGAUGAAACUUUGAGUCCUAGAGAAUUAAUAGUUUAUUUUUAGUAGAAAGUCCUGUAAGCUCUUUGUACAGGAAGGGAUGAAUCAGGUUUCUUAAUAGUCACCCUGGAAAGCACUUUAGUUCAUUUGAAAGACCUGAGAUGUCAAGAGACGAAUUUUGACUCCUAGAGAAUUAAAAGUUUAUUUUUAGUAGAAAGUCCUGUAAGCUCUGAGGACAGGAAGGGAUGAAGCAGGUUUCUUUAUGGUCACCGUGGAAAGCACUUUAGUCAUUCUCCGAGCCGUAUGAAAGACCUAAAAAAGAGUGAAGAGACGAGAUUGGACCCCUAUUCAAGUUCAUGUUUAGUAGAAGGAUUAUGAAGUUAGGGGAGUUUUCAAUAAGAGAAGCAGAAAAAGAUGAAGUUAGUUGAAAAAUUAUGAAGUUUGGUGAAUGUUCAAUAAGAGAGAAGCAGGAAAAGAUGAAGUUAGUAGAGAAAUCAUAUGAAGUUUGGUGAAUGUUCAAUAAGAGAGAAGCAGGAAAAGAUGAAGUUAGUAGAGAGAUUAUGAAGUUUGGUGAAUGUUCAAUAAGAGAGACAUUGAAAAGAUGAAGUUAGUUGAAAAAUUAUGAAGUUUGGUGAAUGUUCAAUAAGAGAAAAGCGGGAAAAGAUGAAGGGAUUUUGCACACAGUCACAUUGGAUGACAUAAGCAUUAAUCAUUCUCUCUGAGCCACACCACAUGACAGAAGUGAAGCGAGGAAACUGCCUCCCUAAUAAGUUCAUUCAAAGGUUUUUAAGUCGAGCGAAUGUUCAUUGGAAAGCAUAAGACAAGGAGAGAUGGAGGGGCCUUGCUCAUGGUCACACCGGGAAACCAUUCAGUCAUUCUCUCGCGCCACACGACUCAGGUGAAGAGAGGGAACUGGCUACCUAAUAAGUUAACUCAAGAGGUUUAAUAUUUGGGGAAUGUUCAGCGAGUAGCAAGGGACAAGAUGGGAUGAAGGGCCUCUGUUACCCGCAAGAGAGUAUUAGUCAUCCUCAAGAGACGCCUUAAGAGAAGUGAAGACAAAACAUGACUCCUAAAAUUAAUGUUUAGUAAUGAGGUUUUAAGUUUGGUGAGUGAGAGAGACAGGAAGGGAUCAAGGGAAUUUGUUACUCAGAAGACAGCAACAUUGGUCAUCCUCACCGAGCCACACAAGACGCCUUAAGAGAAGUGAAGACAAAACGUGGCUCCUAAAAGUUAUGUAUAGUAAUGAGGUUUUAAGUUUUGUGAGAGACAGGAAGCAAUGAAGGAGUUUGUUACUUGGGACAAUAUUAGUCAUUUUCUGAGCCACACGAGAGACCAGACGAGAAGGCGAGAGAGAAAGAUGGUCACCUAUUCAAGUUAAUGUAUAGUAAUGUGGUUCUAAGCUUGGUGAGUGAGAGAGACAGGAAGGGAUGAAGAAGGAGUUUGUUACUUGGGACAAUAUUAGUCAUUCUCUGAGAUACACGAGAAACGCCUGAUGAGAAUGGGAAAGAAAAAACUGGUCUCCUUUCCUAUUCAAGUUGAUGUUUAGUAGCGAGGACUUUACGCUCGGUGAAUGUUCAAUAACAGGGGACAGGACGAGGUGAAGGGGUCUUGUUAACUGUCACCUCAUACGCAGACAGGGCAUUAUUGUUAAGGGUUUUCGUAUCUGAUGUUAUUUCACCACUAAGUUAUAUUACGUUCUGUUGUUAUGCUGGUGCUGGUUGUGGCCGCACUUCAGUAAGAGAGACGAGAUUAUACUUUGUGAACUGUGAUAGGUUUGUUUCUUUUCUGUUACAGGAUGUGUUGAAUAUAUGCCAGAGGUUUU